AUGGGUAAAAACACAACUUCUAACCCCGAGGCAAAAAAGGCUAGAGCAUUAUGGGAUAAUAAUUCAAGCUGGACAACUACUUUUUGUAACCUUUGUGUGGAACAAAUUCAACUUGGGAAUAGAAAUAGAGGUGCUGCCUUUAGUACCGAAGGUGAUUGGAGAGUGUGGGAACAAUUGAAGAAUCUUGACACAAGUUUAGGUUGGGAUGCAGUGAAGGGAACGAUUCGUGCUACUGAUGAUUGGUGGGACCGAAAGUUGAAAGAAUUACCCAAAGCUAAAAAAUUUCGAGAGAAAGGUCUACAGAAUCUAGAACAACUUAAUAUAAUAUUUAGGGAUGUUGCAGCAACUGGAGUAGCUGCAUGGACCCCUUCUUCAAAUACACUCCCUCCAACAAUGCCACAAGAGGGUGCUGGUAAUUCAGAUGGUAGCUCCGAAUUUAAGGAUAAUCAAUAUGACAUGAGUUUAGACAUUGAUAGUUUGCAGUAA